UCAUUAAAAUAAGAGACCAGCACUAUAUUAUUGCGCAUUUAUAUUUUGGAAGUGCAAUUUGGUUACGUAUUUUCCAGAAAAUCUGUCAAUUGUCACAGGUACGCAGUUAGAUAAGUAAAACGAAAGGAAGGAACGUCAACUAAAAAACUUGAAAAAACCAUGGAUAGUUUCCUGAACAUGUUUGGGAAUGAAGUGAAGCACAGCUACAGUGUAGCCAGAGCCCGCAUUGAUAAAAGAUUGGAUUUUCUGAGAAAGGUGUAUGGAAUCCUGUCUGUUCAACUUCUCUUCACUUUUCUCACCGCCUCAGUAUUCAAAUGGAGCUCAGUCAUCACAUAUAUUGUACAGACCAACCAUUGGUUGGUGUUUGCAGGGAUCCUCGGGAGUCUUGGACUCUGUGUCGCUCUCCAGACCUACAAGAACGACUACCCCACCAACUACAUGCUCUUGGCAGGAUUCACAGCGGUUGAGGCCAGCUUGGUAGGAACAGUAGUGACUUAUUACAGGGUGGAGAGUAUUAUCGAAGCCUUCCUCUUGACCAUGGUCGUCACUGUCUGCCUCACCGCCUACACCUUCCAGUCCAAGAUGGACUUCGACCGAUUCAAUGCAGGGAUCUUCUCCCUCAUGAGUAUUUUGUUCUCUUUCCUAUUCCUUCAGAUAUUCUUUCCCAUGUCUGGAAUGAGCCGCAUGAUUUCGGUUGGCUUUGCAGUGCUCUACUGCAUGUAUAUCAUCUACGACACAGGACUGAUCAUGGAGCGCUUGACCCCAGAGGAAUACAUUAUCGCCCCCGCAAUCCUCUACAUGGACAUGGUCGCACUCUUCCUGCGCUUGUUGAAACUCCGUGGAGAACGCGAAAGACGCAAUGAUUAGAUUAAAGACUGGUUUCCUACUCGAUCAGAUUAUUACACCAAUGAAAUUUAUUUUGAAUGAUUUGGAAAAACACAUCCUGUUGUAUCGUCAUAAUCCAUUGUGGCUUUAAUGUCCUGUGUUUUUUUCCUGUUUUAUAACAGCUUUGAACUGGCCUAUUGUUUUGUUUUGAUAUUGUAUCUUCAGUAUGUAAGGGAAAAAAAAUUAAAGAAUCAAUUCUAAAUUAAAUACCACAUUCAUUGUCUUCUAAACAUUCUUAUGUAAAUUUAAGAUUGGAUUGUUUCUGAAAAAUUGAGAUGCUUUGGAACAUUGUAUAAUAUCAUAAGAUUCCUCUCUGUUGAUAUUCUCACAAUAUUUACCUUAAAAACUUAUUUAAAACCCAUUAAUUGUUUUUUGUUCAAAGCUUAAUUUUUGUUUUUUUAAUAUAUUUUAUUUUCAGUUGCCAUAUUUGUUUAAUUAAACAGAAUUAAUUUUCAAUUUCUUUGCAUGACUAUCAUCUUUUGGUAUACCAACAGAGUACUCCAGUAUUUCAGGAGUGAUAAAACUAUAGAUGUUCAUGCUUGUGUAUAUGAUAUAUAAGAUCAUUUUUAAAAAAAUAAAAUGAUUUCUAUUUAA